AAUAGAAUAGACAAUUAUUCUGCCUAGCACAGGCUGACGCCAACAGAAUUAAACACGGAAAUAAGUUUUGAUAUUGUUUUGGUUGCGCCGUUCUCUUACACAGUGCAAACAAUAUUAGGUGUAUAUGUAAAUAUUUGUCAUGCAUGAUAAUGUAAUGAGAAAGACUUCGUUUAAAAUGUGAUUGGGUCCAAAUUACGAAUUCACAUGCUGUUUAAAAAUAUUGGACGGGGCGAACCAUGAAAUCCGCAUCGGUUGUUGCUACGACGUCGCCUUUUUUAACUGAUGUAGCAAGCAACGACAUCUUGCAAUGUCUCGAAUGUGAUCUCGUUUUCACCAGCGAGCAUUAUUUGCAUAACCACCUUUACCAUCACAUCAAGCAGCCAGUUGUUAGACUGCAAAGGGUUCAAACCUCUCAAAAUCCUCCACUAAAGAUCACACUAAAGAAUCGAAGCGGCAAUAGUUUCGAAAUCGUAAGUUCGCCUUCAUCAUCUGUGACUUCCGAUUCCGGAUUUAAAUCAUUCUCCAAUCUGGAGGACAGAGAGGUCGAGGAUCAGUACCUUCCCGGUGACGUCGAGGGUUUAGGAGACCCAGACGAGAACGAAUACUCUGCCCACGAACCGGACGAAGGAGAAAACUACAACACUGAUCACGAUCAAAACGAGGAUCAAGAACCAAACGAUCCAUUUGAGGGCAUUGACGACGCUCUAUUAGAUCGAGCACUAGAAAGCGCUGACGCGGAGGAAGACGAAGCAAACGAAGGCGAGGAAGAGCGUGCCAACGUUAGUUUCUCGCCAAACUUCACAGACGUGGGGGGUGAUUUCUUGGAAGGGGAUAGUGACGCAGAAUCACCAGUUGCGCCGGGUACACACUCUCCGCUAGAAGGGCAACCGUCUCCGAAAGAGACGGGUCAUAGUACAGAAGAAAAAAGCGAGACAGGCAGCACCACGGCGGGGGUAGACGCUAUUGGUCCUGGCGAAAAUGCCACUCAAGAUUAUAAUAACAUCCCGGGGGCUGAGCCCACGCCGCCUCCAGAACCAUCUCCAGAAUAUCCAAAAAUAAAAAUUAAAACAACUGGGUUAUUUAAAGAUCCAGAACCUCAGAGAUGCACGAUAACGGAAAUUACAGAUGACAACCCAAGCGGCGAUCCCAGUGUAGGUAACAGCAACACACCAAUGUGGACCACACCCUCCUUAGAGGAUCCGCUAAAAUUGCCAGAUAGUGAUGACCACAACCUUUUGUCCUUAUUUAGUAAUAACGAUCGAGCCAAAGACCUUGGUUUUUCUACCAGCGAAAAUGAGUUUAUAUCAUUGGAUAGGUUUGAUGAAAGAAAUCGCGGAGCAAUGCAAUUAUAUAAUCCAAAUAAUGCGGUUAGUACAUCCUCAACUUCUUCGCUGGAUUCUCUUACUGGUUUACCAAUGCAAGCUCUUGCUCAACAAGUGUCUCGACUACAACCUAAUAAUAAUAAUGGAUUACAUCAACAGAAUGUCCUGAUUAACAUUCAACAAUUUCCGUCAGGCCCGCCGCAACCAUCUUAUCAACCACCGCCCAUGUAUCCGCCACAUUAUCCACCACACCCAGGACAACCCCCUAUGCAUCAACCAUACCAACCUUAUCAACCACCAAAUCCCAUGUACUAUCCACCAGCACCUGGGUAUCCGUCUCAACACAUGGUUCCUCCUCCACCUCAAAUGGGGCAGUUGCAACCACCACCUCCUCAUGUGGGACAACAGCCGCCUAUGAGUCAACCCCCGAAUCAAAUGGUGCCCUCAUCUCAGAAUCAACAAGUUAAUCAGAUGCAGCAAGCUCCGCAACCCUACCGGCAACCCAUGCCUCCUAGAGCAAAUCCUCCUAGAGGUCCUCAAGGGCCCGGGCAACGGAUGCCUAUGAACGGACCAAGAGGUCCCCCACGGCCACAACCACUUCAGCGACAAAGAGCACCCAUGAUUAGACCACGAGGACCAGGUGUGGCACAAGUAAGAGGUGCUAUGAGGCCUAGGAUGGCUGGACCUAGUAACAACCAAAAUGGCGUGAGACCUGGCCAGCAAACAUCUCCUUUGAAAAGAACCCCGGAACAAAUGCAGACACUUCAAGCCAAAAAAAAGAGACUCGACAUAUUAACUCCAUCCGACAAAGACGAUGACGACUGUCAAGUUAUUUGCAUGCAACCAAAAAACACUGACGGUGGAUUGCCUCAAAUUGAAAGUGUGCAGGGUGCAACAACGGAAAGUAGCAUAAUGCAUCUAUCAGAUUCCAUAACACUUUCCGUUCGUAAUCCACCACCCAAACCUGCAGCAUCUCCACAGAAAUCAGACGCAAAAGCUGUUGCAAAUAUUUUGGCAACACGCGGGAUCACAGUCACCGCAACGGCCAAACCCAAAGAAAAGGAAUCGCCCCAAAAGGCACCCAGUUUGCCGACCGCUUUGAGCUUGAAUGGAGCAGUUAGCAUUGUAGCUGCACCGAAGGCUAACACUUCGCCAAAACCGGCCACUGACAAUUUACCAACAGUAGAUCUGACUGAUGAUACAACUCCUGCCAAACAGGCUGGAUCUCCUCAAAAAAUUAGUAGACCGGGUCUCCCAUAUCGCUGUGACCUAUGUCCGGCCCAAUAUCCCAACUCCACAGGCUUAAGUAAACACAGACAGACUUAUCAUAAGACGACGGGAGGCAUGUGUGAAUUAGGUAUUCCUCUAAUCAAUCUGAAGCAGCCGGGUAUGAUACAAAAACUGUCACAAAUGGGUAUUCACAAUUAUAUCCCCCUGCCAUCAUCUGGUUCUGGCUCCUUUGCCUUGCCUAUUAUUAGUACAAGAAAUCCCGGGAACAUAGAAGCUUUAGGUUCAACCCAAAUGCUUUCUCUUGGGCCAGUACGAACUAUACCAAAACCAAAUACUUCUAAUUUACCUGUUGCUAAACAGUUGAAUCAGAAGUAAUGCAUUCCAUGAAUGUAAGAUGAUUCUCUCUUUAGAGGCAGUUUUUUUUUUACAAAUACAUUAUUUGUAUUCUCCUUUCAUAAACAAAACAAACACAAAUUUUUGGACGGCAUCAAAUUAGAAAUUUUAUCAUUUAUUUUUGUUAUAUAAAUAAUUCAUUUAGUGGUUUCAGUGCAAUUUUUAUCUUUUCUCGAACAAAACAAACAAUCUCUCCUUAUAAUAGAAUAAGUUUUUGUUUUUUUAUUUUAUUUAAAAUAUUAUUGUUUAUAUUGAGACUGAUUUUUUUGUUUAGUGCAAUCCUGCAUAUUGGCUUUUAAAAAGCUAUAAUCUAGA